UUCAGAAAGGAUGCUGUAGAGGAGAGCACCACAAACUACAAGGUAAUUACAAAAACACAGUCGCGAAUAAUCAAGAUGACAGCCGUCGAGAGUAAAGAGGAGAUCAGUGACACUGACAGUGGGAUUAUCCUACACUCUGGUCCAGACAGCCCCACAUCCCCACUUAAGGACCUGAGCACCAACACUAAAGCCUUGAAGCUGAAGCACCAGUCUCUGGAGGAGCGUCUGGAGCUCUGCCUGCUGGAGCUCCGAAAGCUCUGCAUCAGGGAGGCAGAAUUGACUGGCACACUGCCCUCAGACUAUCCUCUGAUACCUGAUGAGAAGCCACCCCGAGUUCGAAGGAGGAUUGGAGCUUCUUUCAAGUUGGAUGAAGGUCUGAUCAGUAAGGAUCAACAGGAUUCAGAGCUGCAAGCACUAGAAACUGACUUGGCACUCCAGCGGCAGAUUUACGAGGCAGUCCGCAAGCUGUCCCUCGAGGAAAACCUCAGUAAACCACAGAAAAAGACUCGGCUGCAGCAGUGCAAGAGGGAGGAGAAGAAAGUGAAGGAACUGCAAGAAGCCGUGUUCCAGCACAGGAUCAAGAGUGAGUGCAACUCACCAAGCGUCACCAUCUCAAGCAGCCAAACUAAAGAUGUGGGCUUGUCUGAUGACAGCUCCCUCUCUGAUGUGGUGGCUUUGGAUGAUGACAUGGACUCGUCCAGCCCCGUCUCGCUUCCUUCCUGUUCAGACCCUGCCCAGCUGUCAGACAAGACCACGCAGUCAGCUCCUCAGCCUUCAAGCCAGCUCAGUGUGGAGUAUGAGCGCUCUCCCAUCCAGAACUCUCCCUGGAAAGAAACCAGUCUGGACCAGCCUUACCAGAGGGUCACAAAACCUCAGUCCAUCAGCGGGAGCAGGUCCAGUAGUCCAGCAGGGAAACAGGUGAAUACAGAAAGCUGCAGGAUUCCUCUCACUCAGUAUGUCAGGAACUCGGCUCUGCGUCACAACCACUCCACCAGCGCCCCCUCCACUCCGGAGCUGCUUGUACGCCGACAAUACUCCCAGUCCUUUAGACUUCCCAAAAAAAAGGUGUCUGCCGACAUGGAGCACCUCAUCUCAGAGAACAAUCGGGAGGGAGCCCGGCUGCCUCACCAGCGCUGCAUGGCAGACUUUAUGAUGCGUUCUCCAGAUUACUCUCCCUUGCAUCCUUACCAGUCCAGCUCAGAAGACAGCAGCUCAGAGCACUCAUCGUCCUCCUACAUUGGCUCUCCUGGAAGAGAAGGCCCCACUGAGAUCCCUAAGCUCUGCCCCCCACCUUACGGAUUCCACUUCGGAGCACAGACGAAAGGGCUCUCCAGCUUCUCUGGCCCACACAAAAACACCAGCCAGCCUCAGUCCAGCCAUGGACACUCCAGAGCCACAUCAGAGGAGAACCCCUACUCCCCACAAGGUCUGGACGUAGGGAAGUGCUUUAUUUCUGCCCCUCCUGCAGCUCGCAGCCAUCAAAGAGGAGCAUCCUCCCCAAAGAGCAUCUUAAAACCCCCUCCACCUUACACCAGGCUGGUGCGGGCACCCUCUCUGAAAGAGUACCCGAACCACGCUGUCAGGCUGAUGCCCCGCGACAUUGUGUCAGAGGAGCUGAAGUCCUGGCAUCAAAGGAACCAGCUGCAGAAGUUACGGCCAAACUGUGGUGAACAGCAGAGCUCACUGGGUGUCACAAGCCCCACCUCACCUCACCUGCCUAUAUUUACACAGGGUUCAGGUCAUGUGAUCCUCCAGCGGGCUGCUGAUGGGACUCCGGUCCAGUGGUUUGUGGCUGAGGAUGCUGAAAUUGUGAGCCAGGUGUAACUAACACUACUUCGCUAUGUUGAGUCAUUCCUUUUGAUUUAACUCUGUAUUUAUUAAGACUCUGGACUCUCUGUGAGAUUAUUUGUUGACAUGAGGCAGUAAAUGGGGACCUAUCUGUACCGGUAUCGGUAAUUAAUUUAAAUUUUAACGUAAGGUGGUAUGCCAGUUUUAUUUAUUUUAGGUUGUCUCAUAGUAGAUGCUAGGUGAAUCCAAUCUUCUAAAUGUGUCAGAUGGACCAUAGACUUGCUGUAAUUUCAGAGUUUUGUUGUGGCUGGCACACAUUUUGCACAAAAGUCACCUACAGUAGAUGUCAUAUUAGUUUUUUCAUUUUUUAAUAUAAUUUUCCCUUCAUAUUUAUUAUUUAAAGUCCCCCAUUGAAACAUAGACUUUUAAGAAAAGAAUAUAUAUUUUAGAGAGAGAGGGUGAGAGACAGUUAAAUAAAUCUUUUUUUUAAUUUGAUCUGAUGUGAGCUAAAUCUUAACAUUUCCUAUUAACUAUUAAUUAUUAAUCACUGAUACCUUUAACAGUGGUUUAUGAAUGUUUUCACUGCAGUAUGGUGUUGUAUUACUAACCACGUCAUUGUAUGCAUUUUGAUAUCUUUUUUGUAUAUUUAUAAUAAAUAAUAUGACCAAAGAUUAAACUUG